GCCGCCGGCACCGUCAGUCCACCCGAUACUCCGCACUGCGGCGGUAGUGUAUCGCGCUCUGUCACUCCAACCCGAUCUACCCCUUCUAAGUGGAAAACAAAUGCUGACUAUUUAGUGCGCCAAAACCCUGUUACAGUGUAUGUGUGUUUAUACAACAAAUAAGUCUUAAGGAGAUUGUCUUAAAGGCUUUCACGUUUAUCCCGCGCUUAUUGACGCUGAUUUGAAUCGUUUCGGACAGAUUCAAUUUGGCUUGCUGAUUAAGUUCUCGCAAAACUGGACAUCUUAUAGCUUUAGAAAUUAAAGGCAUAAAAAUGAAGAAAAAUAUAAACUGCGCGAGUGGUUGGUGGGUGGUGCUGUUGACUGCAACCCUGGCAGUGUCGGCGCUAGGAGACUCCGUCGGGCUUUUCAACUCCACGCUCAGCCAGGUGGUUACCUCCAGCGCCCUGAAAUGGACCGACUUCAAGAAAGAAGCAACUAAUAACUACGUUAUUGGAGCUACUAGCGAGAAAGGACCUGUCUACCUAUGCAGGGCACGCCACGAAGGUGACAUGCAUUUGGGACAACUGAGGCCCGACUACAUGUCUUGCGCAGUAUCAGGCACUAAGAGCUACAGCGUGUUUGAAAUACUUGAAAACGUAGAAAAUGCCUCCUAUGUGGUUUGGAAGCCAUGGUAUAAGUUCCAAGCAAAGCCCAAUGGUGCAGUAGUGGUGGCGGCAGCUGACUCCCUCUUCAUAGGCAGGAAGAAGUCCGCUGGCGAAUACUCUCAUAUGAUUGGACGGAUAUCCUACGAUAGCACUAUUGGACAUUUAUAUACUUUUGACGAACAAAAUAAUGAUCUAGUUGAGAAUAACGGAGAAAUACUCGUGGAAUUAGAGCCUAUUAGCUACAACCUGGAGGACGUUGAGUUUGACUUGAAAACUGAACAUGUCCGUAAGGCAGAUCCUUACAUCAUAGAGGAAAGAGUUUUAAGAAACGACGGGGAUGAAGCUGCAACCGUCAACACAGAAGUAGGAUAUAAGUAUAACUACAGCUUGUCUUGGGGUCACGGCCACGGUCUUGGUAUAGGACUGAGUAUAAACAUCGAAUUCGCUAACGGUACGAAAUUCCCACCAAUUGGUUGGUCAACACUUUUUAGCGAAGAAAGGCAAGACAUGUAUCCAUUGAAACAGUACCUCGAUCCGGGCACGGCGUGCAACGUUACCCUACGUGGAAGGCGCCUAGACCGAGACGUACAAUACACUGGGAAGCUGACGACGUUCUACAGAGACAACGAAUCGCGAGUAAGGAAAAUGCGCGGUGAAAGCAUUGAGAAUACCUUGGAAGUCGAGGCGGAGUAUGGGGAAAUAUAUUUCGUCGGUAACAAUACCUUGGUGCCAACAACAACCACGACGACGACAACUACAACCACCACGACGACCACGACGCCUGCGCCCACCGUACCACCCGCGCCGGAGGAAAACGAGAUCUCGAUACAAGAGAAGCCUGCGGAGAUGCAGAGCGACAGCAGCGAGGGAGUCAAGUCUCCGCCUGCUAAGGAGGACAACAUCAAGAGCGCCGUCGUCGGCAGCCUCGGCAGCACCAGCAGCAAUCCCAACGGAGCCAACACACUCUUUAUUUCCUUUACACUCUUCGUCCCCAUGUUCGCUCUACUACUUUAAACAAAUCAAUAUAGCUCUUUGUACAUAAAGAACGGAAGAUAUCACUAAAUAGUUGCUUCGUCGUCGUUUCUCGCAACUAAGCUUGAUGCUGUUGUUUUAAGACCUGAUCAGGUCUUACCUUAUCGGUAUAACUUUGUAAAUAAUACAAGUGCUUGUUCUCUUGACAUUCCUGUUAUGUGAUUUCAUUCCAGUAUGUAAAUUGAGAGCCCAUAUAAUCACAUAACUGUAAAUAGUUAUUGUAAAUAGUUACGGAUAUGGAAGUCGCAGAGCGACGCGUCCUUGUCAUUACCAGUAUGUAGGUGGAUGACAUCGUAGGUAGGGUUAUCGAGAGGUGUACUACAGCGUUACCAAUAUCAUCUCAUUUACACAAACAACAAUAUAACCAGAACAAAGCUAAUAAUGUAUUCGUCUCCGAAUCGAUAAACAGGUUUCGAAUUAUAUUUUCGCACAUUUAGUACUCUUCUUCAAUAGUUCACACUUCUAGAUGACUUUUUAUUUCAAAUAAGGGUUAUACUUACAUCCGCAUAUGUUAUUGUUAUUGGAGUUAGCCGAUAUUUUGAUGGCUAUUCCACUUUCUAUGUUCAUUAAAUAGAUGUGUAGAUUUUAAUGUUAAGUAGAUAUUCAUGUGACAAAUAAUAUUAAAUAAAAGUAACCUUAUUAUAGACGCAGCAAAAUACAAGAAAAUAUAUCACACCACAGCAACACGUAGAAUAUUAUGUUUAGUACCUCUUCUGUAGAAUUGUGUAUUUUUUAAUUGUUAUAUUUAGUUUAAAAGAGUUUAAACCCAGAAUUAAUAGAUAUUAUUAUUUUAAUGCUUUUAGCGUUACUUGAUAUUUAAUUUAUUUUGUUUUUAUUUCGUAUUAUUAAGAUUAGUUUUACGGUAUUCACGUUGCACUUAAGUUAUGGACCUGUAUUAUUGAAUUUAAGAAAGAAUUAUAACUUUGUUAUUUCAUUGCCAAAGUUGUAGUUUACAUUUGUAACCACCAUUAAUUAUUCACUUGUAUGCCAUCCCUCCGUUAAACUGUAGCAAAAUGUAUUGAAUCCGAUAAUUUUUGAUUGACUGGAUAUUCCAUAUUAGAAUGCUUAGCGGUCUUUGUCAACGUGUAAAGAAAAGGAUAUUUUUGUAUGGUUAUAUGAUAUCAGACGUAAGUGUUCGCCUUAACGAUAAGUGGACAAAUUUCAUGAGUCUUUCUCCAAUAAACAAAUGACUUAUAUGUAGUUCAAUGUUAAAUAGUGUCAUUUCGGAAUAAAGGAAGGCGUGACAGUAUUUUUUCACGGAUCGUAGAUAGCGUGUUAGCAGAAGCUUUUCAUGAGUUAUAUUUUAUAGAUGCUCGUCCCACCUAAAGUACCAUUAUUGGAUAAGACUAUUAGGAUAUCUUACAAAAACAUAAUUAUAAGUUUACUGGAAUUUCCUGCUUUUCGAUAUAUUUUCGUCUUUAUAUUGUAAAUUGAUGUUAGAGUUAAAAGGACGCGACCUGAGGAGCCUAGGAGGGUUGCAAAUGUAAUUGGUCUGAAUUAAAUGCACACCUGGCGUCAAAAUCGACGCGUAUCUGAGUGGGACGACUCGAUUCGCGCGAGUUAUACUUUAGCGAGUGUAGAAAUAUAAACAUUUGCAAUUUGGCUAGGCCCUCUGUUGAAUAACGCGGCCUCAGCGUCUAUUUUGAAUAUCGCUUGUCUCCCGUUGUUAGAAUCUCUGGUUAAAGUUAAGACGAGUCCUGUUGUAAGCGGCCCUGCGAACAAUGGGUAGAUAUAAUCGAUGAAUCUCUUUAACAUCUACAUUGUUUUGCGAAGCAUAAUUGUGAUGUUCCAUGUAAGUUUUAUUUGUUUAAACCCAUUAAAGUGUAAUUGAAAUA